AAGAAAUGGCGCCCGAAGGGAAUCAGUAUGAUGCAGCUGAAUUACCAGAUUUACUCCCCAUUUAUUAUAGACGUCUUUUCCCAUAUUCCCAGUACUUCAGGUGGUUAAGUUAUGGUGGUGUCUCCAAGACCUAUUUCCAGAAUCGAGAAUUCUCCUUCACCCUGAAAGAUGAUAUCUACGUGCGUUACCUGUCUUUCAAUAAUUCAAAUGAACUGGAGAAAGAAAUGCAGAAAAUGGUUCCUUAUAAGAUUGACAUUGGAGCUGUUUACUCAAACAAGCCCAGCCAGCACAAUUCUAUGAAGUCAGGAACCUUCCAUGCUGAGAGUAAAGAGCUGGUUUUUGAUAUUGACAUGACAGACUAUGAUGAUGUUCGAACCUGUUGCAGCUCUGCAGAUAUUUGCCACAAGUGCUGGACACUAAUGGUGAUUGCUAUCAAGAUUCUGGACAGAGCAUUGGAAGAGGACUUUGGGUUUCAACACCGUCUCUGGGUGUACUCUGGCAGAAGAGGGGUCCAUUGCUGGGUCUGUGAUGACAGUGCACGGAAACUUUCCCAGGCAGCUCGGUCCGCUGUUGCCGAGUACCUGAGUGUGGUCAAGGGUGGAACGGAUACAAUCAAGAAAGUACAUUUGAAUAGUCCCAUUCAUCCUUCUAUUCAGGAAUCUAUCACUCUGAUUGAUAGCUAUUUUGAAGACUACGCUCUGAAUAAACAAGAUGUCUUUGGCAGUAAAGAAACUUGGCAGAAAGUCUUAGCUCUGGUCCCUGAUGAGUUUCAUGAGGGAUUGCAAAUAGAUUUUGACAAAGCACGAAAUGCAACCGAUCGCUGGAAAUUGUUGCAACGCACUUUAACCAAACAAGUGAAUGACCACCAUUUAGAAGAAAUUAAGCUGCAGUACUGCUAUCCCCGUCUGGAUAUUAACGUCAGCAAAGGCAUCAACCAUCUGCUGAAAAGCCCUUUCUCCGUUCAUCCCAAAACGGGACGCAUUUCAGUGCCUCUCGAUGUCAAGAAUGUGGAUAAAUUUGAUCCUUUUAGUGUCCCGACAAUAAGUUAUCUUUGCAAGGAGCUUGAUAAGAAAACUAAGGAAGAGCAAGAAGUUACAAGUGCUGAGAACGGUGAAGAGCUGGAGGUGAAACGUCGCACCAGAGAUUAUAAGAAAACAAGCCUCCUUGGGCCCAUCCAGAUUUUUGAACAAUUUAUAGAGAAGAUGGAGCAAUCACGAAAGGGACAGCUGCUGAAACAGAGUGAUCGAGAAGGAGAUUUUUGAUAUUCCCCCAAUGAGCACGUUCUUCUUCAACUGCGUUUCAGCAUAUGUUGGCUUGUAUCAUUAGGUUGGAAAGCUUGGAAUCGUGACUGCCUUCUGACUUCGCUGCUGUAGCUGCAAAGAAGAUUUAAAAGUUUAUGAUGUACCAAAAUGCACUUCAGUUCUGAGCAGCCUUUAGUUAAGGCCUGUGGAACAACCGUUUCAGAAUUCCUACUUGAGAGGUUUAUAUCAUUUUAUAUCUAGCAGAUAUUUAUAUAUCCAUAUUUUGUCUCUUGGUAAGAUUCCUUUUAUUUUUCUUCUGCAUUUCCACUUGCCACGAAUUGAAUCACUUAGAUCUUAAGCUACAUUAUACAACAUCAUGUGGAAGAGUCACCUUUUUAAUUAGGGUGGCAGUCAAUCCCAGGACUCUCUAACUGUUGAACUUUGGCAGAAGAGCCAUCUAGAAUGGGCACCAUUUUUCUGCAGGUUCCUGAAGUUCUGUGUAAAAUUCAGAUAUGAUGGAUGAGCUGUAAAACCUCUAUGGGAAAUUGUCCCUCAAUGUUCAUCUUUCAAUGUCCAUAUACUGGAGUGUGAAGAAUAGUGAAUUGGGACUGGGGAACUACUGGUAUCUGUGGACCUAAAGCCCAGUAAGAAUCAGCAUCUUUCCAUUUUCAUCCAACACUUGAAGAGAAAAAAAAACACUGCACACUUCACCAGAGACUUGAUUGAAAAUGUGUACUUUGUAAGCUUAUGCAAGCAGUCUCCAUUACUACUUAGUAAAGAGAUGUUUUUAUUCUGUGUAAUAUCAUGGAGAGGGGUGAGAUUAUCCCCUCUUCUCCUGUACCUGUAUGAGGGCAUGUUUAAAAGGAAAAAACAACUCUCAAAUGACAGGUUCUGUUGUAUUUUUUUCAAGGAAAAUGUUUAUUUUUAACACAGCCAUACCUCCUACAUUUGAGUGAAAUAUUGUUUCCAAAAAGUUUGAAAGCCACCCUGACUUUCACUUCUCCUUUUGGUCCACUGAAGAAUAGAGUCUGGAGGUCACAAAUGAUUAAUUUCAUGUAGCAGCAGACUUCUUGUUCCACUCCUGUUGGGAGACAGUUGAACACCUGUCCUAUAACCUUUAGAAUUGUAGGGAUUUAUAGCAUGGGGGAAGAAAAGGUUGUUCAGCCUAUUGUCUAUCUUGGUCAUUUACUCUAGUCCCAUUUCCCAGUACUUGUCCAUAGUGGUGUUCCAAGUGUUAACCGAAAUACUCUACAACCCUUUAAGGAGGAAUUUUUAGAUGUCAUUUUGGAUGCCAAAUUCUUCAUUAAAUCCACGACCCUCUGGAUAUAACACCUCUGUUAAGAGGAAAGGUUUAUUCUUUACGAGAUCUCUGCCCUCUAUAAAGCAUAUGUCAAGUGGAUCUGUUAUCCCCACCCAAAGUCAUCUUCGCUGUAAGGAAAACAACACACUCUGAUCUAGUCUCUCUGUAGCUGGGGAAUCUCCUCUGCACCCUCUCUACUACAAUCUUAGCUCUUUAAAAGUGUGGUGACUACAAAUUGAUACAGCACUCUAGCUAUAGACUAACACCUUGUCCAACUCCAUCAUAAUCUCUCUGUUCUUCUAUACAAUGUCUCCACUAAUAAAGAUAAGUAUCCCAUAUUUUCAAUUCACCUGGCAUGUUGCCAUGUCUUCUGUGAAGCUUCAGGUGCAUUCCCUUGCCUUGUUAGUUCUCCUAAAAUGUACCACCUUUUCUCAGUCUGAUUCUCAAAAGGCCUGCUUUUUUUAUAUCCCCAACAUCAGAUCAUCUCAUUGGUUCAAUAUUGGCAAAACAAUAAAUUCAAACUCGAUUGGAUUUUCGUAUCCUGUGGCAUAAUUUAAACCAAUUGGUUAAAUUCGAAUUGUUGUCAAAACAGCAACCGACUCGGGUAUCUAUUUCACAGCCAUGUGUUACAUAUUUUCAAUUUUCCAAUACACAGACUGCUCUUGAAAGCUCUGUGCAGAACAGCAUUCACCCUCUCUUAAAGGUACAAACAUGCCUUCAACUUCAUAACAAUUAAAACACUUGCAUAUGCUCUGGCUUCUGUAUUGACUUGGCUUCUCUUCUAUGUUUGUGCAUCACCCCCUAUUGUCCCUCCACGCCAUAACCCUCCCACUGCCAAAUUAGUUCAACACCUCUGCACCAUACAUGAAAGGAUGCUUAUCCUGUUUCAGGUCCCACAUUCCCACAAACAGACCCAGCGCUCUAGGCUUUCCCUCCUCUCAGUCACAUUCAUUUGCUUUAUUAAUCUAUUCCUAUGCUCUCUAGCACACACCACUGGAGUAGUACAGAGAUCGCAACCUUCAAGGUCCUGCUUUUCAAUCUGCUACCUAUUCCCAAAUUUCUUGUGGAAGAACCUCAUCCUUCUUUCUACCUACGCCAUUUGUCUUCCCCCUUUCUAAAAAAAAAGCCCUGCAACCAUUCACUUCAUACCCUUGACCUUCAAUCAUGGAGUCCCGUCGGACUACAGAAACAUUUGUCUGUAGCCUUCACUUUUGAAUCUCCUACCACUAUUCCUAUUUUUCCCAUCCCCUUCUGUAACUGGGUUCUGGCCGCACUCCCCAGAGAAAUUGUCACUCAGUGGUUUCCAACGCAGAAAAAUUAAUUAUUUAAAUUAAUUUGUGGGAAGUGAGCAUUGCUGGCUGGGCCACCAUUUAUUGUCCUUCCUUAGUUGACGUUGAGAAGAUGGUGAAGAGUUGUCUUCUUGAGCCACUAUAGUCCACAUGCUGUAGGUAGUCCCAUGGUGCCAUUAGGAAGGUAAGGGAGUUCCAAGAUUUUGAUCCAAUGACACUGAUAGAACAGCAAUAUAUUUCCAAGUUGAGGUAGUGAGUGACUUGGAGAGAGAUUUGUACAUGUUGUUCCCAUGUGUCUGCAGCUGUCCUAGACAGAAGUCAUCAUUGGUUUAGAGGGUGCUGUCUAAGACACUUCGAUGAAUUUCUGCAGUGCAUCUUGUAUAUGGUGCACACUGCUGCAUCAGAGCCUCAGCGGUGGAGGGAGUGAAUGUAGUGCCAAUCGAGUGGGCUACAUUGUCUUUGUACCAAGUUUCUUGUGUUGUUGGAGCUGCACUCAUCAGCCAAAUGGGGACUAUUCCAUCACACUCCUUACUUAUGCCUUGGUAAUGUUGGACAGGCUUUCGGGAGCCAGGAAGUGAGUUACUUGCUGUAGGAUUCCUAGUCUAUGACCUACUGCUGUGGCCAGUUUAUUUAUAUGGUAGAUUCAGUUUCUGGGCAAUGGUAACCCCAAGAUGAUGGCAACCAAGUGUUUGAGCGGGAUGGGGGUUCAAUGAUGGUAACACCAUUGACUGUCAAAGGCCAUUGUUACAGUGUUUAUUAUUGGUGAUGGUUAUAGCCUGUCAUUUGUGUUGCACGGAUGUUAAUUGCCAUUUUUCUGCUGAAGCCUGGAUAUUACACUUAAACAUGGACUGCUUCAGUAUCUGAGUCAUGAAUUGUGCAAUCAUCAGUGAAUAUCUCCAAUUCUGAUGGAGGAAUGGUCAUUGAUGAAACAGCUGAAAAUGGCUGCACCUAGGAUGCUACAAUAAGGAACUCCUGCUGAGAUGACUGACCUCCAACAGCCGUAACCAUCUUCCUCUGUGCCAAGUAUGCCAGCAGAGUUUUCCCUGAAUACCUAUUGCUUCCAGUUUUGCUAGGGCUCCUUGAUGCCACACUAUCAAAUAUACCAUUGAUGUCAAGGGCUAUCGUUCUCACCUCUAUAACUCAGCUGUUUUGCCCGUGUUGCACCAAGCUGCAAUGAGGUUAGCAGCUGAGUAGCCCUGGUGAAACCCAAACUGGGUGUCAAAAAACAGAAUAUUUACAGCCCAGGAAUAGGCCCUUUGGCCUUCCGAGCCUGUGCCGAUCCAAAUCCACUGUAAACCUAUCACCCAAUCCCUAAGGAUCUGUAUCCCUUUGCUCCCCAACUACUCAUGCAUCUGUCCAGAUGUAUCUUAAAUGAAUCUACCGUGCCUGCCUCUACUACCUCUGCUGGCAAUGCAUUCCAGGCACCUACCACCGUCUGUAAAGUACUUUCCCCAUAUAUCCCCCUUAAACUUUUCUCACCUUGAACGUGUGACCUCUCGUUAAUGAAUCCCUCACCCUGGGGGGAAAAAAACUUAUCUCUAUCCACCCUGUGUAUACCCUUCAUUAUUUGGAGAUGCCGGUGUGGAGCAGCACUCCAAAAGCCAAUGCUUCCAAUUAAACUUGUUGGACUAUAA